UCUUUCCGUAGGUUUGACAUUGGAAAAAUAUGAGAGAAUGGGUCUCCCUGUAGUUUUCACAAAAGAUAAACUCAAACUUCUUCUUCUCUUCCUUGCAGAAAUUUCCAUGGCAACUGUUGCAGGAAUGGCUAGGUUUUUGACCGUAACCAAGAAAAAGACAACACCAGAAAUAGAAUUGCCUUCAACUUCAAGAAUGGAUGCCGCUGUAAAAUUUCCUAUUCAAAUACCUUUCCUUAUCAGUUUACUCUUAUUUUAGGUGUGUAUUCCUUCAUCAAAAAGGGGAAAUUCUAAACCCAUCCCACCCAUGAAUUUUGAAUUUUGGAGGAUUUUCAAUUCCCAUAAGUUAUGGAGAUGGCAGCGAAAGAGAUGAGAAAAUUUAAGGAAGAAUAAGAUGAGAUUGUCAAGGGAGAACAACAUUAGAAGAGUGAAAGAGAUGAAUGAUAAUACUGCUGCUGCUGCUGCUGCUGCUGCAUAUCCUCUGGGAUGACAUCGAAAGAGAUAAGAGCUUUAAGGAAGAACAAGAUGAGAAUGUCAAGGCAGAAGAAGAAGAUGAAAAUUGAUGAUGCUGCAGCUCAGCCUUAUCUUCCUGAGGAGAUGAAUAUUGAUGCUGCCCCUGCGCCUGCCCCUGCGCCUGCCCCUGCGCCAUAUCUUCCUGAAGAGAUGAAUAUUGAUGCUGCUGCGUUGCCAUAUCUUCCUGAGGAGAUGAAUAUUGAUGCUGCUGCUGCGUCGCCAUAUCUUCCUGAGGAACUAGUAAUAGAAAACAUUCUCACCAGAUUACCUUUUCGGACUCUAGCUCAAUACAGCUGCAUCAGUAAGUUAUGGUGCAAUUCAAUUUCAAAUGAUGCACAGUUUGCUAAGACUCACUUUGCUCACAACAAAAAUCGUAAGUUAAAUCUAGUCUUCAAUUUACUUAAUGUAUGGACUUCUAAAGGAGGAGCUGCUUUUUUCAGUCUAGACAGUGAUUACAAAUUUAGAUUAUUAAUGAACGUAGAAAACCAAAGCAGAGCUGAACUAGUAGGUUACUGUAAUGGGUUUGCUUGUAUUACACUAGUUCGUAAAAAAGGGUCUGGUCGUAAUUUUGUGAAUAUCAUCAACCCUAUCAGGAGGGAAAUACUUUCUCUCCCCUAUACGUAUCCUAAGGAUGGAGGGGAAUGCCAAUAUUUAUGUCAUGGUUUUGGUUUUGAUUCAUCAACAGACGAAUACAAGGUUGUAAUCAUUUUUACUUCCAAAGACAUUGAGGAGUACUUUAUAAGUAUGGUCUUUACUUUGGGUACUAGAUCAUGGAGAAAGAGUGUUACAAGUGUUGCUCAAAUCUCCCCGCCACCAGGUUGUUCUCCUUUUCCUAGUCGAUUGGUAACACGCAGAGCAGCCACUCUUUGCGGGGGCGAUCUUCUCUGGAAGAUAACUGCUAACAGUGCAGUAGAAGAAGAGGCGACAGUCGUUGCUAAUAAUCAUACUGAAGAAGUUCGUGAUAAUAAUAAUAGGAUUGGCAUGUUGCUCUCGUUCGACAUUCACAAGGAGAAGAUUCAGUUCAUUCGACUCCCGGAUGAAUGUAAUUUGACGGCCCCAAUGCCGACAACAAUGAAUGUAGUAGUUGAACAUCAUCUUCUGGAGCAUAAAGGUCAAAGGAUAUCCUUGUGUUGCACAGUCCGAAAAGGCAAUGGCCUGUUGUUGCCGUGAUGGUCAGAGCAGUUUUUGUUCUGGCUGUUGUCGCUUUAUGGUUCAACUGUAUUUAUUGGAGGACAAGGAAAAGCAGGUGUGGAUCAAGGGGGAGAGUUAUGGUGUUCAAGUUAGCGAUCUAGGUUCACCACCAGCUCCCUUUUGUUGUUACUUUGAUACUACUGCUACUACUACUGCGAGAUAUCCUACGCAAAUUCUGAGCGUCUCCGAUCAGGUAUUACUGCAUUGGUUUGAUGGAAAAUGUCUUAAAAUUUACAAUUUGCAGACAAAACAUGUCGAUGUGGUAGGAUCCUCUUCCUGCUGUGAUGAGCAAAGUAGUUUACUUUUUGAUAUUAAGAUGUAUGGAUUUCCCCCCUUCAAUGGUAUUGGCAAUGAUGGUUAUAGUUAUCGCCUGUACGCGGAUUGACAGCUGCACGUUCAAGCUGAAAGCAUCCUUUCUCUGAAAACUUUCAUUCCUGCAGGAGGAGAAACUAGAAGGUACUAUGAUACUAAGGUUCCGAAAUAUGAAAAAAAUAAUCCACCUGCUGGAUGGUUGAGUACUGAAAGAGAAUCAGUAAAAUAUCGUGCUUUCUUUUAGGUUGUUUGUACUGCUAUUAUCUGACUGACUUCAGUUAUGGUUGUCUGGUCACUCAACAUUAUUAAGGUUUAUGGCA